GGCGGUGCUGUGGGGAUCCCGGGGCUGCCGAGGGCCCCUGACUCGGCUCUGCGGGGCGACAUGGACCGAAUGACUAGCUCCAUGAAGCAAGUACCCAACCCCCUGCCAAAGGUGCUGAGCCGACGUGGGGUCGGCGCGGGGAUGGAGGCGGCGGAGCGGGAGAGCUUCGAGCGGACUCAGACUGUCAGCAUCAAUAAGGCCAUUAAUACGCAGGAAGUGGCUGUAAAGGAAAAACACGCCAGAACAUGUAUACUGGGCACCCACCAUGAAAAGGGGGCACAGACCUUUUGGUCUGUGGUCAACCGGCUGCCCCUCUCCAGCAACGCUGUGCUCUGCUGGAAGUUCUGCCACGUGUUCCACAAACUCCUCCGGGAUGGACACUCAAACGUCCUGAAGGACUCUCUGAGAUACAAAAACGAAUUGAGUGACAUGAGCAGGAUGUGGGGCCACCUGAGUGAGGGGUAUGGGCAGCUUUGCAGCAUCUACCUCAAACUGCUGAGAACGAAGAUGGAGUACCACACCAAAAAUCCCAGGUUCCCAGGCAACCUUCAGAUGAGUGACCGGCAGCUGGACGAGGCUGGAGAGAGUGAUGUUAACAACUUUUUCCAGCUGACAGUGGAAAUGUUCGACUACCUGGAGUGUGAACUUAACCUCUUCCAAACUGUGUUCAACUCCCUGGACAUGUCCCGUUCCGUGUCAGUGACGACAGCCGGGCAGUGCCGCCUAGCCCCGCUGAUCCAGGUCAUCUUGGACUGCAGCCACCUCUAUGAUUACACUGUCAAACUUCUCUUCAAACUCCACUCCUGUCUUCCAGCCGACACCCUGCAAGGCCACCGGGACCGCUUCAUGGAGCAGUUCACAAAGUUGAAAGAUCUCUUCUACCGCUCCAGCAACCUUCAGUACUUCAAGCGGCUCAUUCAGAUCCCUCAGCUGCCAGAGAACCCACCCAACUUCCUACGAGCCUCCGCCCUGUCAGAGCACAUCAGCCCCGUGGUGGUGAUCCCAGCUGAGGCCUCAUCCCCCGACAGCGAGCCAGUCUUAGAGAAGGAUGACCUCAUGGACAUGGAUGCCUCCCAGCAGAAUUCAUACGACAGCAAGUUCGAUGACAUCUUUGGCAGCUCCUCCAGCAGUGAUCCCUUCAAUUUCAACAGUCAGAAUGGCGUGAACAGGGACGAGAAGGAUCACUUAAUUGAUCAACUGUACGGAGAGAUCAGUGGGCUGAAAGCACAGCUGGAAAACAUGAAGACUGAGAGCCACCGAGCCGUGCUGCGGCUGAAGGGCCGCAUCAGCGAGCUGGAGGCCGAGCUGGCCGAGCAGCAGCACCUGCGGCAGCAGGCGGCCGACGACAGCGAGUUCCAGCGGGCCGAGCUGGACGAGCUCAAGAGGAAGCGAGAGGACACGGAGAAGGCUCAGCGGAGCCUGACGGAGAUCGAGAGGAAAGCCCAAGCCAACGAGCAGCGCUACAGCAAGCUAAAGGAGAAGUACAGCGAGCUGGUGCAGAACCACGCCGACCUGCUGCGGAAGAAUGCAGAGGUAACCAAACAGGUGUCUGUGGCCAGACAAGCCCAAGUGGAUUUGGAACGAGAGAAAAAAGAGCUAGAGGAUUCUUUCCAGCGCAUAAGUGACCAGGCCCAGCGGAAGACCCAAGAACAGACGGAAGUACUAGAGAGUUUGAAGCAAGAACUUGCCACCAGCAAACAGGAACUCCAGAUUGUCCAAGGCAGCCUGGAAAGUUCUGCCCAGUCAGAAGCAAAAUGGACCGCCCAGAUCGCCGAGCUGGAGAAGGAGCGGGGCAGCCUGGUGGAUGCUGUGGCUGGUCGAGAGGAGGAACUGUCCGCUCUUCGGGAACAGUUGGAGUACACCCAGAUCAAACUGUCCAGCACGCAGGAAUCUGUAGGCCAGCUCGUGAAGGACCAACGAAAAAUGCUUCUGGCGGAGUCGAGGAGGGCUGCCGAGCAGGUGGUGCAGGAGGCCCUGAGGCGGUUUGAGGAGCCCGCUCUGUUCAGCUGCGCCGGAUCUGCAGAUCACCUACUCUCCAAGGUCAGGUCCGUUUCCAGCUGCAUCGAGCAACUGGAAAAAUGCUGGAGCCAGUAUCUGGCCUGCCCAGAAGAUAUCAGUGGGCUUCUGCACUCGGUAACCCUCCUGGCCCACUUGACCAGUGACACCAUUCUUCAUGGCAGCAGCACCUGCCUUAGAGCCCCGCCAGAGCCUGCCGACUCUCUGACCGAGGCCUGUAAGCAGUAUGGCAGGGAGACCCUCACCUAUCUGUCUUUCCUGGAGGAAGAAGGAGUCGUCGAGAAAGCCGACAGCACAGCCGUGAGGGGCUGCCUCACCAGGAUCACAGCCAUUGGCGAGGAGCUCCUGCCCAGAGGCCUGGACAUCAAACAGGAGGAACUGGGGGACCUGGUGGACAAAGAGAUGGCUGCCACUUCUGCUGCCAUUGAAACCGCUACGGCCAGAAUAGAGGAAAUGCUCAGCAAAUCCCGAGCUGGAGACACAGGAGUCAAAUUGGAGGUGAAUGAAAGGAUCCUUGGCUCCUGUACCAGCCUAAUGCAGGCUAUUCAGAUCCUGAUCAUGGCCUCAAAGGAGCUCCAGAGAGAGAUCGUGGAGAGUGGCCGGGGUACAGCAUCCCCUAAAGAGUUUUAUGCCAAGAAUUCUCGAUGGACGGAAGGACUUAUCUCAGCCUCUAAAGCUGUGGGCUGGGGAGCCACUGUCAUGGUGGAUGCAGCUGAUCUGGUGGUACAAGGCCGAGGGAAAUUCGAGGAGCUGAUGGUUUGUUCGCAUGAAAUUGCUGCUAGCACCGCCCAGCUUGUGGCUGCAUCCAAGGUGAAAGCUGAUAAGGACAGCCCAAACCUGGCCCAGCUGCAGCAGGCCUCUCGGGGCGUGAACCAGGCCACCGCCGCAGUUGUGGCCUCAACCAUUUCUGGCAAAUCACAGAUCGAGGACACAGACAGCAUGGACUUCUCAAGCAUGACGCUGACCCAGAUCAAACGCCAGGAGAUGGAUUCCCAGGUUAGGGUGCUGGAGCUAGAAAACGAACUGCAAAAGGAGCGUCAAAAACUGGGAGAGCUUCGGAAAAAGCACUACGAGCUCGCGGGUGUCGCCGAGGGCUGGGAGGAAGGAACAGAAGCAUCACCACCUACGCUGCAAGAAGCGAUCACCGAGAAAGAAUAGAGUCACACCGACGUCCCACAGGUCAGAGUCCGUUUCCGUUUCAUCAUUUGCACAAACUUGUGAGCACCGGGGGACUGGUGGAUUCCAAACCGUGACCCGACCCUGAGGCUGCACGG